GCCAGCUUUGUCUUCACCUUCUUCAUGCCAAGUGAUUUGGACGUCAUCACGUCGCUGAUAAAUCAACGAUUUAACGAAGUCAAUGCGAAGCUUGAUCGACUUGACCAGAAACUUGACGAAAUGGAGGCGUCCAUCAAGGCAAACAGUGCAUUUAAUACUUUCUUAUCUGCCUGGAUAAAAUGGGAGUACAAGUCAAAAAAUGGUGCAAAGAAACUAUCGGAUAUUCGCAAGGCAAUGGGUACUAAAAUCCGAAGAAUAGACCAAGUGAAGCUCGCUGAAGAAUACGUCAAGUACUACGAAAACAACGACUUGGAUGGAAACCUUCUCAACCUCUACAGAAUGGAGGGUUUCAACGACGUUCAGAAGUACUUCUUCCAGAUACGUCGAGCCUUUGACGAUCGAGUCUGGAACUGCAGAAGAGAGUCUGUUAACCACGCAAAGAAGGAUGCYCAAAAGAUUUUAACGAAGUCAAAAGGGYCUAGCCAGGAAAGCAAYGUUAAAGCCAUCUUCGAMGAACUUAAAGUCAAAUACCCYUGGUACACUUGGGGCGURGCAGCGAUUAAAGAUUACCGUACAAAGAUCACCGGUCUUGAGUGGAAAGGUAGUAGGUACUUCAAGGUGGAAGACCGCUCGGAUCCCGGAAACGUCAAAGAGUACUACAUAGUCUACGAAGAUACAAAAUCACUGGCCAGCUGCAGUGAAAUCAGACAAGCCAAAACCUUGUUGGUUUUUAAAGGAUGUGACGGAUGCAAUUCCGAUUAUAUUUACGCUGCUGACAACAUCCUGUCGCACAAAAAGUGCGGGUCAUCAAAUUUACAAAGACUUGUUAACUUUCAAACCGAAUGCUACUUGAGUCACAAUGGCGGAGGCUGUUCUGGAAGUUACAAUGCAGACAUUAAAGGAUUCAGAGACGAUUUGGCCUACUUGGAUCAGGCACUCGGAGAAGCGUUGUUACUACAUAAGAAAUGGUUGCUGGAGACGAAAGGUACGACUGACGCCCUCCGAUCACAGUACAAGAGAGAAGCCCAAGAAAUAGAAAAUGUUUUCAAAGGCCGUCAGMAAGCCUAUAACCAAUACUGGAACAAGUACAGCUGUGGUACUCUUGGUGUUGAAGGUACGACAAUUUCCUGCAAACACCAGCUGUCCUUCGAAGGAAUGACGAUGACUGUAAGUUGUGACAAGCAGAGACAACCUACUCCAGGAACAGUAAAGUGUAGAAAGAUCAACGGCGUCUUGAAAUGGGACUCUCAGCCCAAGUGCAAAUUUGUUUGGGGGAAUUGGCGCCACGAUUGGACUCGCUGUUCUACAAGUUGUGGUGGUGGGGUUAAGACCAAUUACAGAUCUUGCUUGGGGACGAACAAUGUCGAUGACUGCAAGCGAGAUCAAGGCGGAUUGAAUUACAGGACUACAGCGUGUAAUACUGUAGACUGCUGCUCUGCUGGCUUUGGGAAAUUCAGGUGCUCCAAUGGCAAAUGCAUCAAUAAGAAUUGGAUCUGUGACGGUGACAAUGAUUGUGGUAACAACGAUGACGAAAGCCGAUCGCGUUGUCCAUCCUACCUUCGUUCGGGGGACACAAUAGCUCUAAAAAGUAACGCAAGAGGCAGUAGCUGGGUAAGCUGUUAUUGCACUGUUAACUGCGGUGUAGAAAAAUGUAAACUUCGCAGUUGUCCUGGUUCUACUAUGGAUUCGGGAGAUUGGUCAACGUGCGUCAGUGAAACGUUUUACAUAAUUUUGACGUACCACAGUGAAUCUGGCAGAGCUAUUCGAAACGGUGAUGGUGUGGCGUUUUUUUACGGAGCUAAACAUUGGUUAAGCUGCUGGGGAAGUGGUAGUAAUUGUCGAACAAGGAGCUGUCCUGGCGAGUUCACUUAUCAUUUUAAUACGAACUGCCAUGGAGAGAUGUUCUGGAUAUAUACACCAGACCGUGGCAGUAACAAACCCAUCCACAAGGGCGAUACCGUCUUUAUAAAGUAUUCUUAUAUGCGUGGCCAUUCAUGGUGGUUAAGCGAAGAUGAUGGUGUCAUCAAAACCCGAACGUGUCCUGGCGAUUCCAUAACACGGGACGACAAAUCGCGAUGCGAUUGCGAGAGUUGGGACAUCAUCGUCCGAUAGACAACAUGCAAAUCUCUCAGGUAGCGGGUAGCACCUGUCAAGUGGUGUUAYUUCAGGGUGUGUCGUCCCUGCCUACGCGAGACCCGGGCUCAGCUGGCUCCUGCUGACAGUACCCGGUAAGGGYCCCUUCUCAGGGAUACGAGAACAACCCCACUGCCUUGUGGGUGUCUCGGAAGAGACUAAGGCUAAGGGAGUAAACCCUGACAGAAAAUCGAAAAAUCAGUAUCGUGAAGCAAUGAGAAGAUCAGCAACAGCUCCUCCUCUUUGGUGCAUACCAAUACUCCUUCCAUUAAACCGUGUUGCAUUCCUCACAAGAAACCCAACAAGUAACCAUCACCAAAGAUGUCAAGGAACAUGUAAAGCGAAACUAGAUGCUUCAGGCGAUACAGGAUAACGAAAAUGGAACUGAAAAAUGGAACGGACUUGAUGACUGGUAUACUCGUAUUUAAUAAUUUGUUAAUUYAGUGYGAGGGUAUGAUUUAAAUGUUGCGUAUGUAAGUAUAUUACUAGCUUUUUUUCUUUGUCCAAAAGCAGUUACAUUACAUUUACUCAUCUUGCAUCACAUUGCAGUAAGCUUUUACGUUUGUACGAAAUCUUAAGUUCCCUUAAUCAACAAUUUAUGUUGAAUAUCUAUCGAUUUGAAAUUGCUGACUAUUAAUUGGUCACAUCCGCGUUUGGGUUGUGUCGUUUACCCAGGAACUGUAGUUUGAUUUGGAAGAGGUUUUCAUUUCGAUCACGUAUAGUACUAUAGUAUUUCGAUAGGUUUUAGUAUACACCUAAGUUAGUGAGGUGGUUCAAGGUCAAUUUUUCAAUUGGCAAUAUCGUUAAAGACUGGAAGAAAGAAUGAAAUUUGGUUAAGAGUUAACUUAGACCCUGUAGACGAAAUUUAGAAGGGGUGUCACGAAAUCUGCUAUCGGGGGAGGGAUAUUUUCAGUUGAAUUUCUGAAUUGUAAUAACAAAGAAUGCUAUGGAAGACAUGCAUGUAUGACGACCCACCUCUCCCCAUUCAAGAUAAAUUUACCCCCUGAUAUGGUAUUGACAUAAGGGAACCGUGUGCCAAUUUUAGUGUUUUCUUCCAGAUUUUAAACGACCUUUACAUUAAGCAAAAUCAUUAUAUAACAUUAACAGGAGAUUGAGGGCUCUUCAAGAAAUCUUGCAUAACUAAUACAGCAAUAAAUUGGUGGUAUCGUAUUUAUAGGUAAAUCAGCGUUUUCUGUGCAAAAUAUAUCUAAUAUUGUAAACUGGGUGCAUUCUAUUUGGAAAACCCAAUAAGUAGAUUAAAUGUUGUAUUGUGGGACUAAACUCCAAAAUAAAUGUUACCUAAAUACUA